AUGGAGUUUGUCACGGCCCUCCGGGGCACCUUUGACGACCAGAAGCCCUCGCUGUUCGAGGUGCUCUCGGAGCAGCAGCUCAGCAGCCUGCUGCCGCCCACGCUGCGCUACCUGCUGACCGUCGCCACGCACCGGCACCCGCGCUACCUGCUGCGCCUGCUCAACUCGUUUGACGAGAUUUACGCGCUGCUGAUGCUGCUGGUCGAGCGCCACUACCUGCGCACCCGCGGCGGCUCCUUCACGGAGCACUUUUACGGCCUCAAGCGCGAAAAGGCCCUCCGCGCCGAGGUGCCCCGCGCCAGCUUGGCCGCGCCGCACCUCGUCCGCGACACCCUCAAGCUCACCGCCAGAGACGUCUGGAUGAACCUGGCCGUCCUGGUGGGCGUGCCGUAUCUGAAGCGCAAGCUCGACGAGGGCUACGAGGUGAAUGCGCCCCGCGCGCUGCUCGGCGCCGCCUACACUCGCAUGCCCGAUAAUCCGACGCUGCGCGACCGCUUUGUCCACUACUACCGAUGGUUUCUAACCAACAUAUACCCUUCUAUUAAUGCAGCGUACUACUUUGCCAUGCUGGCCUUCAACUUGGGCUACCUCUUUGACCGGACAAAAUAUCACAACCCGCUGAUGUGGCUCAUCGGCACCCGUAUCCGCCGCAUGACGAGCGCCGACUACCAGGCCAUUGAUGCACUGACGGCAAAGGCCAAGGCCGAUGGGCGACCGGGGCAGUCGCUCUUGUCGCCGCGCCGGCUAGGCUCCACGGUGCUUUCGAGUCUGUCGGUAGCCCUGCCCAUGAGCAUCUUUGCACUCAAGUUUCUCGAGUGGUGGUACCAGUCGGAUUUUGCCAAGCAGCUCUCGCGCAAGGCGACUGAGAACAUUGAACUGCCCCCUCCAAUCAUUUCCGGUCUUUGGGCCAAGCAUUUAAGGAAAUCCAACCCCGCAGCAACAACAGCAGCAACAACAACAACAACAACGACAACAACAACGACGACAACAACAACAACAACAACAGACGAAAAGCCUGUCACUUUAGCAGACGACGGCGAGGCCAGCGACGCGCCGCAAACGGAAAUCAGCGCCAAGGACGCGCCCCUCGCCAAGCCUUCACGGCUGCCCGUCUACGUCGUGUCGUUUCCCCGAGACUCGUCGCGCUGCCCCAUCUGCGCAGAGGAUAUCGUGACGCCGACAGCGUGCCAGACGGGCGUCGUCUACUGCUAUACGUGCAUCCACCGGUGGAUCGAGGGCAUGCAUCCCAAGCAGGAGGCCUUUAUGGAGGGCAAGGCCGGCAGUUGGGAGAGCGGACAGGGUCGCUGCGCCGUGACUGGACGGCGCGUCCUGGGCGGCACGGAGGGAUUGCGACGGAUCAUGGUGUAA